GUAAGCUGUCAAACAGUUUGUACAGGUUGUUGACAUGUGCGAAGUUGUCAAUUGAAAAGGAGGCUAAUACGCGUGAUGUAAUGUGUAACAAAGAGCUAACAGUAAGCCAUAGAAAAGCGAUAUGUGAGCGAGUACUGUGUAGGGGCUUAAAAUGCAGUUUAUUAGAAGCGAUGCCAGUGAAACAGAAGAUGAAAACUGUCGUCCAGCUACGAGACUGGACGAUACGGACUAUGUUCCAAAAACCAGUCGCAUUACAUAUCGAGACAUACUAUCACCGAUAAUUUCAAUAAUAAGUCACACUGCAGACGUUGCACUCGAUGCUAAUCUGGCGUAUUCUUACUACGCUAGCGCCGAAUAUGUUUACUUCAAGUUAACACUUCUAUUUAUACUAUUCCCAGCACUCGUAAACACCGUGAUUAGCACAAGAAUGUAUGUUGCGGAUGAAGAUAACAUGACACUUACUAAGAUAGCCACGAAGAGAUGGCUACUUCGAAUGUUUGUGCUAUUUUUCCAGAUUGCACCAAUUUUAAGACAUUGCGAUGUUCUGAUGUACGCUUUGCAAUCGUGGAAAGCAGAGAAAGAUAAAGACUUCAUAAACCAGCGCAAGUAUUACGAACUGAUGGUGAAGGAGGACUCAGAUGCGGCACUUCUGCGUCUCUUCGAAUGCUUCUUGGAAGCAGCACCUCAACAGGUUCUACAGGCAACUAUUAUUCUAACAAGAACAAAAGCAGUUUCAACUUUUACGUAUUACAGUCAGUUAGCAUCUUUUGGAAGUUCAAUAUUAAGCAUGGGCUGGUCUAUGGCCUCCUAUCAAAGAGUAAUACGGUUUGCACAACAAGAUAAACAGAACAUAACGUGGAAAGGAACAGUAAUGCAGUUCCUCUGGCACUUUAUGGUUACAGUUUCGAGAAUUCUGUCAAUUUCUGUGGCUUCAGCGAUGUUUCCCGCAGAGACCGCUGUGGCGUGUGGUGUGCACUGGUUAAUCAUGACGGGCUGGCUGUCCCUGUGGGAACGCACAAACUUCUGCUCGUCACGGAAAUUUUCUGUGGCAAAGCAGCAAGCUGCAGAGAUACUCUUCUGCUCCGUCCUCGGACUCGUCUACAUUUUUACGUACGUGACACCGAAGGACGGGCGGAACAGGACUCGAUAUACCAUCUACUACAUGGUCUGCUUUGCAGAGAACGUUCUGGCAGUGACAGCGUGGGCCACAGCUGACACGGUGAUGCAGGAGAAGUGGUACUUCUACCCACUUUUGAUUGGGUGCAUUGUGCCUUUUGUUAUAGGUAUAGGUUUUAUGCUUCUCUAUUACUUGUGUUUUCACCCUAGACUACAAAGGGUAAAGUGUUGUGGUAAGUCCCACGACAGGUCCAAAAGGGGAGAUGUGGAGCUGCACGGUAGCAACAGCAACAGUGGCAGUGUGGAACGGAAUUCAUUGACAUACGAACCUAGCAAUGAGUCUGCCAACGAAGCUAGUGACCCAGUCAGUGAACAGGCAGGCAACAGUUGUGCCGAAGUGAUCAGAAUUGAGAUAAAAUCUCACAAGCAAUCACAGCGACAGCACGAUGAAGUAAGUCUGGAAAACGGUGAACAGGACGUACCUUCUGUAUCUGAUAUGGAAGUACACCAGUGUAACAAUGACCCACAGAGUACAGCAUAGGUACGCAUUUACUGAAGUUGUUAUUGAGUACAAAGUUUAUAACUGGAGUGAUAGUUUUUGAUUUGUGUAACAGAUCAAAUAUUUAUAAUAUUUAUACUCUUUAUUUUUGUUAACAAAACAUUUUUUCCUUCUGCUCAAAUAAUUCCUAAGGAUUUUUAAAUUUUGUAAUAUACAUCUCAAACUGUAGGUGCCAAGCACUGAGC